UCCAUCCUUCUUCCUCUCCCAUAUAAAACCCGCCAUUUGCACCCCUGACAGCCCCGUUUAAAAACCCUUAACUAAACCCUUACCUUUCACAUUGUCAUGCGAAAAUGAUUUCCCGGUCAUACGCAACGGACACACAGUCCAAAUCCUCCGAUAUCGCCGCCACCAUCCUCGCCGCCUCAUCUCCGCCGCAGAUCGUCGCCGCGUGCGACGCCGUUGAGUCGUUUCUACAUAAACAUACAGCUGACCAGACUCGAUGGUUCUUCUCCAUCACUUUUCCAACCCUAAUUUGUAAAAUAUUUGGGUUCGAUGAAUCUUCUUCUUCUUCAGCUGUUGUUAAGUCUGGAUGGAUAGAUAUCGCCGCUUUAUCUAAUGAUUCUCAGCUCGCAGGUAGAAUUUUCAACUUAUUAUCGCCCACUGGGGUGUUGCUAUCUUCUAUUGUGGCUGCGGAUGGGUUGUCUCUGGUUAAAUAUGUAUUUCCUGUAGAAAGGUUACCCGAGUGGGUACGUUAUAUGCUUCAAAACGAGAGAGAUUCACGGGUUUUAUCUGACUUGUGCCCGUUGUUCAAAAAUAGGUUGAAGGAGGACUCAGUUAAAGGUUCUUCAUUUCAGGUUCAGUUGAAUGUGUUUGAAUAUUACAUGUUCUGGUUUAUCUAUUACCCUGUUUGUCGAGGGAAUAGUGAGGGCCCUCAAACUGUAAGAGUUAGGAGAAGCAAAAGGUUUAGACUGGAGAAUUGGGCUUAUUCGAUUCCAGGUUUGUCGAGCACCAAACGUGGGGCGGAGCAGAAGAAUGAGGGAAAUUUGUAUAUGCGUCUCUUGUAUGCAUAUCUCCGUGCAUAUGUGCCUGUAGGUGACGUAAAGGCACAUCAACCAUAUAGGAGCUCACUGCUUCAGUACUCUUUUGCCUAUGACACUCCAGUUGUUGAAAAAGCAGAGUUCUUGGUCAAUAGUCUGAUACAUUUUUGGUUAGUUGAUAAUGAUUUCUCACCAUUGCCUGUGAUUUUGUGCAAAUCAUUUGGUGUGUCAUUCCCUUUUCGUUCAGUACUGGGUGAGACUCCUCCUACUUCAGGAUUAGGUGAAGUAGUAAAUGUGUUUGUCAAGUAUCUGAAUCUGAGUUUAAUUGCACCAACUGAUGGAACUGACCAGGUUGACUACACUGAAAGUCCUAGGUGGAAGGUUGGGGGGACAUUGAAUGCUGCUCAGUCAAGAAAUGCUGUUCCUGUUAUGGAUUCUGGUAACUCUUGGAACUCGUGGAUCCAGAGGCCAUUGUACAGAUUUAUAUUGAGGACAUUCCUGUAUUGUCCAGUGGAAAGUUCUAUUAAAAAUGCAUCACAGGUGUUCACCUUGUGGGUUAGUUACCUGGAGCCCUGGACUAUUUGUAUGGAAGAAUUUGCGGAACUUGAUGCAGAUUUAGCGAAGUCUAAUAAAAGUACACUAAAGGAGGUUACCCCGUCAAUGCCACGUGGCUAUACCUCUUCUUGGCAAGUUUUUGUAUUAGCUAACUACCUAUACUACAGCUCUCUGGUCAUGCAUUUUAUUGGUUUUGCCCACAAGUUUCUUCACACAGAUCCGGAAGUGAUAGUCAAGAUGGUUUCAAAGGUGAUAACAGUAUUAACCUCAUCUACGGAACUGAUGGACCUCAUAAAAAAUGUGGAUAUUGUAUUUCAUUCGAAACCAACUGGAUCAUCUAAAUCAAUGCUUAAUGCUUUGCAUAGAUAUGUUCCUGCUAUCCGUGAGCAAUUACAGGACUGGGAGGAUGGCCUAUCUGAGACUGAUGCUGAUGGUUCUUUUUUGCACGAGAACUGGAACAAAGAUUUACGACUCUUCAGUGAUGGUGAAGAUGGUGGACAAAAGUUGCUUCAGCUGUUUGUAUUGCGAGCCGAAUCUGAACUGCAAUCGAUUGGAGGAGAAAAUCUUUCUCAAAACCUCCAGUGUUUGGACAGACUGAAAUCUGAGCUAUGCCAGUUAUUUGGUGGCCCUAUUUUGCAGCCCAUGAAUACGCCAGAGAUGGUACAAUAUGAGCACCUGCGGAAUGAAAUCUUUAAACCUAGAAGUUUUGGCAACAGAGCAAUGGUCGAUAUUAAAUACAAGGGUGAUUGGAUGAAGCGGCCCAUCUCAGAUGAUGAAAUUGGGUGGCUGGCAAAGGUGCUUGUAAAGCUAUCAGGCUGGUUGAACGAGAGUCUUGGUCUGAGCCAAAUCGAGAGCAGCCAAGAGAGUCCUUCUUGGUCAUAUGUUGACUUGUCCAGUGAUGCAAGGAGUGUAAGUGGACCCAUGGAAACUAUUAAAGUUGUGUUGUGCUCUUUCAUUUCCUUUCUUCUUGUGUUACGUGGGGCUGGUUUGAGGUUCAUGAGAGAGCAUGGCUUCAGGGUGAAUCUCAGGGUCUUAGCAUCAAAGAAGGUGGUAGUGGUGUUGCUUCUCGUUGCUGCUUUCAGUCUACUUAGGAGAGCUUUUUGCAGAGUUGGGUAAUGUGUACAUGGGAGAUAAAGCAACAUAACAGAAUGAAGAACAUGAUGAUAGGUCUAGGAGUGAAUGAAAAAAGAACAGAAAUACUCGAGAGAGAGAGCAAAAAGAAAGGAAAGAAAAUCUGCCGUCGUGCAAGGUUUUGUUUUUGUUUUGUUUGUAAAUGGGCUAUGUUGUGCAACAUGGAGAAGUAAUAUAACAACCUUGUUUGCAGCUUUCAGUUA